AACAAAUACUAGCUUACAGUUGCUAAUUUACACAUACAGCAGACGAGGAGCCAAAGUAUAAUUUAUUUGGACUCGUGUUCCUGUUUACCUGACAAAUCACUAUGCUGAGAUCCUGGGCAGCCUUCCCACCAUGCUGGAACUGGGCUCCUGUUCGGUCAGCUCUCAGUCUCUGACAGGGGACCACAAUGCUUUGGGGCUACCUAGGGCCUCAUCAGGGCCGGAGUGUCCGGUGGGGGGUCUGGGCAUGGGGGCGAUGUGUGGUAGCAGCACCCCGAGGCACCACAUGCUUCAGUCGUCCCCAACAGACUGUGAGAACUGGCAGAAGCAUCGUGCAGGGCUGGCCGAAAGGUCCAGCCUGUUGUCUGAGUCCCACUCCCUCCUGGAACCCCAAAGUCUCUCAACCAGUUAUGAUGCCCUCUACCUCCCACACAUAUCUGGCAAUGCUCCCCCUUUACAUCCGAACCGUCUCGGCCUCUCUCUUGACGUGGCCUCGACUUUUGACGUCGGAGGGGGAAUGCUGGGGGUGGAUGGAGAUUUGGCAGUCAGUCCCAAUGUGAUGAAGAGACGUCGGGGCGGCCUGAUUGAGCAGAGGGACAUUGUCAAAGCCCACCAGGCUCAUAAGAUUCACAGCACACCGCAGGCACGACGCAAGGAAUGGGAAAUGGCCCGGUUUGGAGACGACGUGCCGGGCUUGUUGAGCUCAGGGGAUGGAGGGUCCGAGCGCAACCGGAACCGCGAUGGGGCGGCCGUGUCCACAGGUGGCAUCUCCCCAGCCUUCAAGCAGACCAAAGCGCAGCGUGCCCGCACCAUGGCCUUGUACAACCCCAUCCCGGUCAGGGAGAACUGCUUCACCGUCAACAGGUCCCUCUUCAUCUUUGGCGAGGACAACGUGGUCAGGAAGUACGCCAAGAAAAUCAUUGAGUGGCCUCCGUUCGAGUACAUGAUCCUUACCACCAUCAUCGCCAACUGUAUUGUCUUGGCUCUGGAGCAGCACCUUCCUGGAGAGGACAAAACGCCCAUGUCUAAGAGAUUGGAGAAGACAGAGCCCUACUUCAUUGGGAUGUUCUGUUUUGAAGCUGGAAUAAAGAUCAUCGCCUUGGGCUUUGUUUUUCAUAAAGGCUCCUACCUCAGGAACGGAUGGAACGUCAUGGACUUCAUUGUGGUCCUCAGUGGGAUCCUGGCCGCUGCAGGGGCGCAUAUGAACAUCUCAGUGGACCUGAGGACCCUGAGGGCGGUGCGAGUGCUUCGACCCCUUAAACUGGUCUCAGGCAUCCCCAGUCUGCAGAUAGUCCUAAAGUCCAUAAUGAAGGCCAUGGUUCCUCUGCUGCAGAUCGGCCUGCUGCUCUUUUUUGCAAUCCUCAUGUUCGCCAUCAUCGGCCUGGAGUUUUACAGCGGCAAACUGCACUACACCUGCACGCCACAGCCUGGAAUACUGGAAAAUGAGACAGUGGACUCCUCUGAGUACGAGGUCCCGUGUGGCGUGCGUCAGUGUCCGGCCAAAUACACCUGCUCCGAUACCUGGAUUGGCCCUAAUGACGGCAUCACUCAGUUUGACAACAUCCUGUUUGCUGUUCUCACUGUCUUCCAGUGCAUCACCAUGGAGGGAUGGACCACUGUACUCUACAAUACCGACGAUGCCUUGGGCCCCAACUGGAACUGGCUCUAUUUCAUCCCUCUCAUCAUCAUCGGCUCUUUCUUUGUCCUGAACCUGGUGCUGGGAGUCCUCUCUGGGGAAUUUGCCAAGGAGAGGGAGAGGGUGGAAAACCGCAGGGCCUUCAUGAAACUGAGACGCCAACAGCAGAUUGAGAGAGAGCUCAACGGCUAUCGGGCCUGGAUCGACAGAGCAGAGGAAGUGAUGCUCGCUGAGGAGAAUAAGAAUUCAGGACCUUCUGCCCUCGACGCUCUCAGGAGCCUCCCAGAGUGGAGUACAGGUGGUGCCUAUGUGUUGAAGAGAGCCACCACCAUCAAGAGGAGAGGGAUGGAUGCGGUGCAUCGAGGACAACCAGGGGAGGAACAAUAUGGUGACAUCUCCUCUGUGGGCAUCCCCAUGGCUAGAGCAAGUAUCAGGAGUGCCAAACGAGGUCCAACAGCGUAUUUUCGCCGCAAGGAACGUCUCCUGCGCAUCUCCAUUCGCCGUGUGGUAAAGACACACACUUUCUACUGGACAGUGCUGGGCCUCGUAGCUCUCAACACGCUGUGUGUGGCCAUUGUUCACCAUAACCAGCCACUCUGGCUUUCCAACUUCCUUUACUAUGCAGAGUUCCUGUUUCUUGCUCUGUUUCUGACUGAGAUGUUUCUGAAGAUGUACAGCCUAGGACCGCGUCUCUACUUCCACUCUUCCUUCAACUGUUUCGACUGCAGUGUGAUCGUUGGCAGCAUCUUUGAAGUGCUGUGGGGUUUCUUCAGGCCUGGCACUUCUUUUGGCAUCAGUGUCCUGCGAGCUCUCCGUCUGCUGAGGAUCUUCAAGAUCACCAAGUACUGGGCGUCGCUGAGAAACCUUGUCGUCUCUCUCAUGAACUCCAUGAAGUCCAUCAUCUCCCUCAUCUUCCUCCUGUUCCUCUUCAUCGUUGUCUUUGCACUCCUUGGCAUGCAGCUCUUCGGUGGCAGGUUCAUCUUCGAAGACUACACCCCGACAAACUUUGACACCUUUCCUGCAGCCAUCAUGACCGUCUUUCAGAUCCUGACUGGAGAGGACUGGAAUGAGGUGAUGUACAACGGUAUUCGCUCUCAAGGAGGAGUGAAGUCUGGCAUGUGGUCCUCUAUCUACUUUAUAGUGCUCACACUGUUUGGAAACUACACCCUGCUGAAUGUCUUCUUGGCCAUUGCCGUGGAUAACCUCGCCAACGCACAAGAACUCACCAAGGAUGAAGAGGAGGCAGAGGCAGCGUUCAACCAGAAGCACGCUCUACAGAAGGCGAAGGAGGUCGGACCGUUGUCCUCCUUCAUGUCUUCAGAGGGAAGCCGGAGGAGGCGGCCCUACCUGUACAGGAAAAGAGCCAUCCACCGCAGCCGGCCAACCUACUCCUGCUCCCUGGAGGAGCCCCUGGGCAGCAUCAGGGAGGGCCGCCCACCCCCACCUCUCAACCCCUCUAACUCUUUCAUGUCCAGGAGAGAGAGAAGAAAAAGGAUGACCAUGUCAGUAUGGGAGCAGAGGACCAGCCAGCUGCGGAGACACCGCCAGAUGUCCAGCCGAGAGAUCCUGUUCAGCAACCCCAGCGAGGAGAAGGACGGGCCCCCUGCUUCAUCCCAGACCCACCAAGGACGUCCCCUGUCACUGCACCGCAAGGCCAUGGAGCACACGCAUACCGGGAGUUUGAAGCACCUGACCGACCCCUUAGCCUCCCCAGUCAAAAAACAGGGCUUAGGCUCUUCCAUGUCUAUGGAUAUGUCUCUUAACGCCGCCCUCUGUGGUGUCAUACCUGAACCACCAUCAGUGCUGGUGCCAGAGCCAUUGGAUCCUACCAACGAGCCCCUUCCUGAUGCUGUAUCUGUGGCCAUACCAGAGCCUCCUGAGUCAGACCCCAUCACUGAAAAAGGAAAACUGGGCAUUAAUCGGAGUCAAAACUCCGUCAGUGAGCGCCGCAGCCCCAGAUUGAAUGGCGAGCGUCAGCACAGGGCAGUAAAGAAGUUCAGACCACCAGAUAACCUUGACACACUGACUCCUGAGAUAGGAGGUCAUGGUGGAAUCAGAGGCAGGAGGGCCCUGCAUCACUGCGACCAUCAGAGCGGUUCCAGAAGUCAGGGGUCGUCACCUGGGAAGGGAAGCCACUUGUCGAGUCGCUCGGUCAGCAGAGAGAGGAGGAGAAAUCCAGGGAAAGUGGGGGACAAGGAGGCAGAGACGACAAAGGAGGAAGAGGUGUCCAAACCUGAUGAGAGCAGACAGGGUGACAGGAGUGAAGGAGGAGACGCUGACCCACCAGACAACCAGAGCCACAGUGACGACCAGUGUCCUCAGAAGCAAGAACAACCUCCUCAGCAAUCAGAGCCGUCACCUCCUGUCAUCCCAGAGAGCAACAAAGAAGAGAAGGAGACAGAGCAGGAGCAGGACAAGUCUCAGCUCAGCUCCAGUGUGAUCAUCGAGGUGCCCAACGUGCAGUCAUCUCUAGAGCUCUCCACGAUCACAGUCAACAGUAAGGACCCUGAAACCUGCAAGUCAGAGAAGGAGGAGGCAGAGGAGACAAAGCCUGUCAACACUGUGACUCCAGACAGCAUGUUCAUUUUCAAACCUGACAACCCGGUGCGUCGAGCGUGUCACUACGUGGUGAACCUCAGGUACUUUGAAAUGUCCAUCCUGCUGGUCAUAGCUGCUAGCAGUAUAGCGCUGGCUGCUGAGGACCCUGUAGCCACUUCCUCUAACUGGAAUAAGGUUCUGAGGUAUUUUGAUUAUGUGUUCACCGGAGUCUUCACAUUUGAAAUGAUUAUAAAGAUGAUUGACCAGGGUCUGAUCCUCCACGAUGGCUCCUACUUCAGAGACCUGUGGAACAUCCUCGACUUCAUCGUCGUGGUGGGAGCGCUGGUGGCCUUCGCCCUCUCAAACAACAAAGGGCGGGACAUUAAGACCAUCAAAUCUCUGAGAGUGCUGCGUGUCCUCAGACCGCUGAAGACCAUCAAGAGACUUCCUAAACUCAAGGCGGUGUUUGACUGUGUGGUGACGUCUCUGAAAAACGUCUUCAACAUCCUGAUCGUCUACAAGCUUUUCAUGUUCAUCUUUGCCGUCAUCGCUGUGCAGCUCUUCAAGGGGAAGUUUUUCUACUGCACAGACAGUUCGAAGGACACAGAGAAGGACUGCCAGGGUUACUACAUCGACUACGGGAAGGACAAGAAAGAGGUGAAGAGAAGAGACUGGAAGAGACAUGACUUUCACUACGACAACGUCAUCUGGGCUCUGCUCACUCUCUUCACUGUUUCCACCGGGGAGGGAUGGCCUCAGGUUCUGCAGCACUCAGUGGAUGUGACAGAGGAAGACAGAGGUCCGAGCCACGGCAACAGGAUGGAGAUGUCUAUCUUCUACGUCAUCUACUUUGUCGUCUUCCCUUUCUUCUUUGUCAACAUCUUUGUGGCCCUCAUCAUCAUCACUUUCCAGGAACAGGGGGAUAAGAUGAUGGAGGAGUGCAGCCUGGAAAAGAAUGAGAGGGCGUGCAUAGACUUUGCCAUCAGUGCUAAACCCCUGACCCGUUACAUGCCCCAGAACCGGCACACGUUCCAGUACCGUCUGUGGCAUUUUGUGGUGUCACCCUCUUUUGAGUACACAGUCCUGGCCAUGAUCGCUCUCAACACCAUUGUACUGAUGAUGAAGUAUUAUUCUGCCCCGCCGGCAUACGAGGCCGUACUGAAGCACCUGAAUACAGCGUUCACUGUUCUCUUCUCUGUUGAAUGCGUCCUCAAGAUCAUGGCCUUCGGCUUUCUGAACUACUUUCGAGACACGUGGAACAUUUUUGACUUCAUCACAGUUUUGGGAAGCAUCACAGAGAUCGUGGUAGACUUGCAGUUUGUUGAUACGUUCAACAUGAGUUUUUUGAAGCUGUUCCGAGCAGCUCGUCUGAUCAAACUGCUCAGACAAGGCUACACCAUCCGGAUUCUACUGUGGACCUUCGUCCAGUCCUUCAAGGCCUUGCCCUACGUCUGCCUGCUCAUCGCCAUGCUCUUCUUCAUCUACGCCAUCAUUGGCAUGCAGGUGUUUGGGAACAUUAAGCUGAAUGAGGAGACUCACAUUACACAGCACAACAACUUCAAGACCUUCUCUGGUGCUCUGAUGCUGCUGUUCAGGAGUGCCACAGGGGAGUCAUGGCAAGAGAUCAUGUUGUCGUGUCUGGGGGGACAGAAGUGUGAGACGGACCCCUCGCUUCCCCCAGCAGCGACGCCGUCCGACCAGGAGGGGGGCUGUGGCUCUGACUUUGCCUAUUUCUACUUUGUCUCGUUCAUCUUCUUCAGCUCCUUCCUGAUGCUGAACCUGUUUGUGGCUGUGAUCAUGGAUAACUUUGAGUAUCUAACGAGAGACUCAUCCAUCUUGGGUCCUCACCAUCUGGAUGAGUUUGUCCGGAUCUGGGGGGAAUAUGACCGAGCUGCCUGUGGUCGUAUCCAUUACACUGACAUGUAUGAGAUGUUGACCAACAUGUCGCCACCUCUAGGCCUGGGCAAGAAAUGCCCCUCCAAGGUGGCAUAUAAGAGACUAGUCCUGAUGAACAUGCCUGUGGAUGAUGACAUGUCCGUUCACUUCACCUCCACCCUCAUGGCCCUCAUCCGCACCGCCCUGGAGAUCAAGAUAGCCAGAGGAGGGGAGGAUAGAAAUCAGAUGGACCUGGACCUGCAGAAGGAGAUUGGUGUCAUCUGGCCUCAUCUCUCUCAGAAGACACUAGACCUGCUGGUUCCCAUUCACAAAGCCAGUGACAUGACCAUUGGGAAGAUCUAUGCCGCCAUGAUGAUCAUGGACUACUACAAGCAGAGCAAGGCCAAGAAGCUCCGACAGCAACUGGAGGAACAGAAACAUGCUCCCAUGUUCCAGCGUAUGGAUGCCUCCUCUCUGCCACAAGAAAUCCUAUGCAAUGCUAAAUCCCUUUCAUUCCUCAGACACAGUGCCGGAUCUGCUCUCACCAGAGGAGGUUUUGUGGCACUCAGCCCCAUUUCUCCACAAGAGAUGUUCCUGCAGCCACUGUCCCGCUCCAGGGAGGAGAAGGAGGAGGAGGAGGAGGAGGAGGAUGACGAAUACCGUUCACCCUACCAUCCCUAUCUCCACCCACAUCACCACCAUCGUUUACACACGCUGGUGUCAGAUGUAGUGGAGUACAACAAAGCGAUGCAGCAGGCCAGGCAAGAUGCAACAGUUAUUAAAUCACCUCAGCGGACUGCAUCAAUCAGAGCGUCCUCCAUGCCCCGACUGGCUGUUGAUCCACAGCCUGGGAUGUCAGCAGACAGUAAGCUGAUGAAGCGCUCCUUCUCCACCAUCGGAGACCAGUGUGUGAACGGCCUCUGGCAGGAGCAACACUCUCUGGAGAGAGUCAGUCCUGACGAUACAUACAGGCCUCGCCAGAGGAGCUACAGAGGUCCCAGAAUCAACCACAGAGAAGCAAGCAGUCAUGAGAGAGGGCGAUCUAAGGAACGACGCCACCUACUGUCUCCGGACGUGUCCCGCUGCAACUCUGAGGAGCGCAGCCGCGACCCAUCCUGUGAAAGGAGCAAGUCCCGUUCACCUAGCGAAGGACGCACACACCAGGUGAACACAUCAGGCAGCCCCGUCCACUCAGCCUCAGACUCCGGUACUCCUCGUAAUCGCCGCCAGCUGCCACAGACACCCUCUCGCCCGCGGCCAUACAUCUCCUACUCCCCUCUAGUCUGCCAAGCCCAAAACUCUCCUACACCAGCAGCCUCCUCUGAGGGACAGACCCAUCCUCAGGACGGAGGUGGUGGCUCCACGGAGACCUCAUGGAGGGCUGACAAGGAGGGCGCCCCCCUAACUGAAGGUCAGGAGUCAUCCAGAGGUCAGGUUUCAGGACCGAGUAACCCAUCUCCUCAUCGCUACAUCUCAGAGCCCUACCUCCCAUUCCAUGAGGACAUCAGCAGUGGAGAGGCAGGCGACGGGCAGGAGACCCUAACUUUUGAGACUGCCAUGGCAACCAGCCUGGGACGGGCCAACGCCAUAAGCUCCGCCCCUCAGCUCAGACACUCCUGGCAGGUUCCUAAUGGGCAUUUCCGGAAGCACUUGGGCCAAGCGAGUCCGGCUGGAGCCAGCGAGCUGCUAAGUGAUACAGAUGAGGAUGACCGCUGCUAAAAACCAGAGAUGAAGAGGACGCACAGAGCAACUGGGCACCUCGGAGAAGCUCCAUGUGGCACUACAAGGCUUUAGCUCCUCUGUGGCUCUGAGAACUUGUACUCUCAGUACCAGUAGCAUAACAGACAGGAUUGAACUCCACUGCUGUUUGUCUGGAUACUUGGGUGUCUGUCCGAGACGUGCUUUUGUGUGUAUGUUGUAGCUGGAGGGAUGCUGUGUGUUUGUGUGUGCGUGUGUGUGUCUGUGUAUGUGUGGAAACAGGUGUGUGUUUAUGUGUGUGUGUGUGCUCUCAAUAGAGAAAAGUUGCCAAAUCAAGAGAACAGCAGAAACUCACUAUACUAUACGUAGAUCACUGCAGGCAAACCCAAGCAUUGCCAAGGCUUCCCACACAAGUUAAUGUAUUGAUUGUUAUUUGAACAAAAUACAGUGAGACGUUGAUCUAAGGCGUCCGGACCUCUGUUUGAAUCCACAAAAACCGAUCUAAGUGCGUUUGUGUAGGUGAACAUAGAGGUAGCAUGUACAAAUGUAAUACGAUGAAUGUAUUAUAGCUUUUGGUUCUUAUGUUCAGGUCAUUUGAGAGGGUUGCUGUUCAUCUUGACUGUGCAUAGUUGUAAGAGUAGCAAUGAAACAGAGGCUGAUUCAGUCAGGUUUUGCCAGUUUGUAACUGGCAACCAGCCACUUCACACAGUUCCUGUUUACAACAAGAGUAUCCACAUGGUUCAUGGGCAUUAUAUAGUCAUUUAUCAAUAGGUAGUCAAUACAGGUAAUCAUGUUCCAGACCUUUAAGUGAGCAGAACUUGUAGUAAUGGUUAUUUUUCUGUCCUUAUGUGAAAGCAAUGACAGUGUACCUUCAGCUGGAGCAGCCCCGUGCAGGUUUUGUUGACUCUGUGGUGUGAAAAUGUUGCUCAAGAUGACAGAUUACAGAGUAAGAGAUGUUUUGUCUCAGGAUACUGGAACACUGAAUUUGUAAUAUAUUACAUUCUGAAAUCUCUUGGAUCCAAAAUGAAGACGUGUGAGGAUCCAAAGUGUCUCCUACAGGCCAGUCAGCAUGAUAUCAACAUGACGACAUCAUUGUGAGGACGAGACAGAGGAGAUUUCACACAGGCCCAGUUGUCUGCAUCUACUGUCCAUGGACUGUAACAGCUUUGGCCUGAGGUACAACCAUCUGUCGGACAGACAGCCUGCGUGGAGGCAAAUGGAUGCUCGUUUUUAAUGUCUCUGUGCUGGAUAACCGCUGUCAAUGUUGAGUCAGAGAGGUGACUAAAGCCAUUUUCUCUUGGCUCAUAGAGCCAGGGACGUGUCUUCUUCAGGAUGUGUUGCCUUCUUUCAUGUGACGAUGCGAAACUAACAUUCUUUCUACAUGUGAUGCAACAUGGAUGCUUUUACAAAAGAGGAAUCAAAGGCACAGUAUGGUUUGUCUGUGUGUUAGUUGCCACUUUGUUUAUGUUACAUUUGGUUUGGUCAGUAGAAACAAGCAUUACGGUAUUUCCCGUGCUCCAGAGUUAUAGUAUUUUCCACAUGCAUGAUCAUGGUGAGACGUGUAAGAGAGACGUGUCUUAGAGCUGCCUGAUUGUUCUUAUUUUAAUGUGUUCAUGAUAUUCAAUAGGAUUUUAACCACUUUACCAACAGAGUUAUGAUGAACAGCAGGCAGAGAAAUGUUUUUUUCAGUCGCAGCAUCCACUGUCCAUAUCUUUGAACAUUCCAACUAUUUGUUGUUUCCCCUAAAUAAGAUGUAUAUUUAUAUCAUGUGCUGUUGUGUUAAUGUAAUAUGUUGAGUUUGACAUGUUUCUGAAAUGUGAACACAGGACUUAUCUGGUCUGAGGAUCCAAAUGCCAGAAGAGGCCCAGCUGGAGUCCCAGACAGAAAGUCCUGAACUGAAAAAGUUGUAUUUUAGCAGAGCAACCUCCUCUGAAGUGUGUCGACUACAAGGCUGGAUUCAUACAGUACACAGGUUAGGUUAAGGCUUCAGCCUGUAGUUUAUAGGACCGUGCUUAACAUGUACAGUACAGCCUAGGACUUAACAUUGAUGUCCAUCUCUGUACAGAACAACCUAAUCUGUGCCUGGGGAAGCUCGCACAAAGACUUCCCUAUCAAGCCUGGAUUUCAUAGAUAGAGAAGCUUUCUGAUAAAUAUGUAGUAUAAACUGUACAAAAUAAAUUCAUGUUUAAUUUAUUGCACCGUUUAUAUUUCAUUUGAAUCAUGAUGCCUGUCUAUGACUUUAACAAAAGAAGUGUUUACAUAUCUGUUCAAAGGACCAUUAAAG